UUAUUGUCGGAUCUGAUUGGGUAUCCAAACCCGUUUAAUGGAUACCAAUUCGAAAUUUCCGAUUUUUAUUUCGUCGGCCAUCGAAACGUGUUAAACAGAUAUCGGAGACGAUUUCCCGGCACUGAAAUUCUGUCUGGGAUUCUGCGAAACUAUGGCUUCCGCUGCUUCUAAGCUGUAUUCAGACGAUGUUAGUCUUCUAGUUUUGUUGCUUGAUACGAAUCCCUUUUUCUGGAGCUCUACAUCGAUUACAUUCUCUCAAUUCCUCUCUCAUGUGCUUGCGUUUCUGAACGCGGUUUUGGGCUUAAAUCAGCUGAACCAAGUUGUAGUGAUUGCUACUGGAUACAGUUCCUGCGAUUACAUUUAUGAUUCGUCUUUGGCGUCGAGUGGGAAUAUCGAGAGCAGUAGAACUGGAACGCCUGCGCUUUUUGCUUCUUUGCUGGAGAAAUUGGAGGACUUUAUUGCGAAAGAUGAGGAGCUCAUCAAGGAGCAUGAGCAUGAGGAUAGAAUAGCUUCCUCUCUCUUGUCAGGAUCACUCUCCAUGGCUCUUUGCUAUAUACAGAGGGUUUUCCGUUCUGGACAUCUUCAUCCCCAGCCUCGGAUUUUAUGCUUGCAAGGUUCCCCUGAUGGCCCGGAACAAUAUGUAGCUGUCAUGAACUCUAUCUUCUCUGCCCAGCGCUUGAUGGUUCCCAUUGAUUCGUGUUACAUUGGUACACAGAGCUCGGCAUUUUUGCAGCAGGCAUCUUAUAUAACCGGCGGCGUACAUCAUACACCUAAACAGUUGGAUGGGCUGUUUCAGUAUCUAACGACAAUCUUUGCAACUGAUUUGCACUCCCGCGGUUUUGUGCAACUUCCUAAACCCGUAGGCGUUGAUUUUCGCGCAUCGUGCUUUUGCCACAAGAAGACGAUCGAUAUGGGCUACAUAUGUUCGGUGUGUCUGUCCAUUUUCUGUGAGCAUCACAAGAAAUGUUCUACGUGCGGUCUAAACUUGAUGGUGCUUCAUCUGUCCCUGAUAGGAAGAGAAAAGCUCCCGAUACCUAAAAUACUAGAGAAAAAAGGCCUUGUCCUGACGUCAUAUAUUGUUGUCGGAUCUGAUUCGGGUCCAAACCCGUUUGAUGCAUCCGGCUACAACCGAAAUCACUUGAGAGAGAAAGAGGGACGGACGGAGAGAGAGAGAUCAUCGAUAUUGGAGAAGAAAAGGACGAUUCAUGACCUUAUAAAAAGAGCUUCUUCCAUUAGCGAUCCUCUUUCGCCCUUUGAUUCCUUCCGCCGUUAUAGAAAAAAUGACUUAUCUGUGUACUUGGAAUCUGGUCGUGGAGAUAGACUUUCCUCGUCCGUGAAACAACACAUUCGAAAGCUUUUGAAGACGAACAUGGAAGGGUUCUAUGGGUCUAAUUGGCCACUUCAAGCGAAGGUGAAGCGUAAGGAGAUGUCUUGUGCAGACGCACAUUAUAUAUUUGUGUGUGAACUGUGUGAUGGUAAAGCCUAUGAGACGUCUACUCGAAGAAUUUUCACGGAAGGGUGUAAUCAGAUAGAUGGAUUCGUUCAUUACCGGUUUACUUUAGAGGAAGAGAUACCUGUUCUUUAUGUGUAUGAGAUACAGUUGGAAUCUCGGAUUCAAGGAAAAGGACUGGGGGAGUUUUUAAUGCAGUUGAUUGAGCUCAUUGCUUCAAAGAAUCGGAUGAGUGCUAUCGUGCUAACUGUGCAAACAUCUAAUGCAUUGGCAAUGACUUUCUACAUGAGCAAGCUAGGAUACAAAAUAUCAAGCAUUUCACCAUCGAAAACUAAUAUUCCGACUAUCUUGGCGAAGUAUGAGAUACUUUGCAAAACACUUGAUUCUGAAGCUAAAUCUGUGUUGGAGACAAGGUCGGAUGAAGACUUGGUUCCUUCGAUGGCAGUUCAGACGAGAGACAGAGAGAUACAGAACACCUCCAAUGCC